UGGCAAUGGUUUCCGGAAAUGGAGUCGCUGUGGUGGGGCGGGGGCAAACAGUAAUGGCUGCCAUGUUUACGUGUUGUCUAAACUGCUGCGGAGAUGGAGGGUCGGGGCAUGUUCAACUUAAAGAGAUGCCCACGGUUCAGUUGGAUACUCAUCACAUGGGCACAGACGUUGUCAUCGUGAAAAGUGGACGAAGGAUAUGUGGCACCGGAGCGUGUCUUGCCAAUGCCCCCUUGCACCAGAAUAAAAGUUUUUUUGAGUUUAAGAUUCAGUCCACUGGUGUGUGGGGAAUUGGUGUGGCUACGCAGAAGGCCAACCUCAACCAAGUGCCUUUAGGCAGAGAUUCAAACAGCCUCGUCUUGAGGCACGACGGCUCUGUCUUCUACAACAACGAAGAGAAGAACCGACUGCCUGCGAACAAUCUCCCCCAGGAGGGUGACAUUGUGGGCAUCACGUAUGACCACGUGGAGAUGAACUUGUACCUAAAUGGAAAGAACAUGCAUUGUCCCGCGUCAGGGAUCCGAGGCACCGUAUACCCUGUUGUUUAUGUGGAUGACAGCGCCAUCUUAGAUUGCCAGUUCAGUGACUUCUACCACACACCUCCGCACGGAUUUGAGAAGAUCCUCUUUGAACAACAAAUCUUCUAAACAAAAGGCCUUUAUUUUUCGUCCCCCUUGCAAAUGUAUUACAUAUGAUGUUUGACUGUGAUUGGCUGUGUGGCUCUGAUGAUAUACCUCGCAAUCGCUCCGGAUUGACCUGAAAGGAUUAGCCUUGAAGGAGUGUAUGUUGAUUCAUGAUUAUUGUCCUUCUUAAUGAGUCAGAGGUGAUCAAUGGUUCGGGAUGGGAAUCUAUACUUUUCCUUGUUGAGGGAAAAUCAGUUAAUCGAUGGAAGUAUUACAAAUGCCAGUAUGAUAUUGAGCGGAAUAAUGCUGCCCUCUGCGUGGAUGGAUCUCAACUUCCCAUAGCUGACGUCAUGUUCCUUGUCUUCAGGCAGCAAACUAGCCUCGGCAGACUCAUCAGCGCCUCUGCUAGGUAGUGCACUCCUUUUAGAUUCCAUUUCUGCAAUUAACAACGAAUUCCACACAAUCGACAAAAGUUUAAGAGGGCAAUUCAUCGACUAAUUAAUUAUUCUGCCCAUACCCACUUUGAGUUGUGUCUUCUCUCUUGUGUUUACUUCUUCUCUGCACACACUGACAAUAUAUAUAUAUAUUUAUGUAUGUGUGUAUAUAUAUAUAUGUAUAUAUAUAUAUACAUAUAUAUAUGUAUAUAUAUAUGUAUAUGUAUAUAUAUAUGUAUAUGUAUAUAAAUAUAUAUCAAUAUAUGUAUAUAUAUAUAUAUAUAUAUAUAUAUAUUUAAAAUUCUAUUUGAUUGACAGAGCAAACUAAAGCUUUCAUUGCUGGGAAAAAAAUCCCCUUUACAUUUAUGUUUGUCUCAGAAGUAUAAAUUUAAACUUAGACAGGUGAGAAUGGGGAUUACAUUCUUAUGGUUUUUUUUGGUCACAUUAUGAUUUGAACUGACACAAAAAAUGUUAAACAGCUGGUACACGUCCCACGUAGUCAUCGUUUCUACCAACAUAUCCUUCCCCUCUCCUCAAUAUCUGUAUGGUCUUCAGAUAUUUUGCGCCGUAUUUAUUCUUCAAUAUUGCCAGAAGUGGUGCAGAAGCAGAUGUUGAAUGGCUGAGUUAAGAAAAUGACAUAAUACAGUAGCAGCAGGUGUUGCUGCUCAAGUGUGACAUUUCCAACUCCACGUCUUUGUUUGCACUAACUUGUCUGAUUGUACAAGCAAAUCCAAAUACUGUUGAUAAAUUAAAGAUGUGUGUCUGCAGAA